AGUUACCUUUCGAAUGUGACAUGACACUCAAAAUGAACAAUUCAUAAUUAAAUUAAAAUCACGUUUUUGUUUUUUUUAAUCAAAAUUCUCGUGUCAAGGCCUCAAUCAUGGACAUAAUAUGCGGUAAAAUAGCACUUAUCACAGGUGGUGCCACCGGAAUCGGUGCAGCUUACGUAAAACGCCUCUUCAAGAGUGGCAUGAAGGGCUGCGCGAUAAGCGAUAUAGAUUGCGAGAAAGGGCAAGAGCUGGCUGCUGAAAUGAAUUGCUGCUACGGUAAAGGUAAAGCGCUUUUCAUCGAGGCCGAUGUUACCGAUAAAUGUGCCUUUGACUGUGUCUUCCAAGCCACUAUUAAGAAAUUUAAAGGAUUGGACUUGGUUGUCAACAACGCGGGCAUCCUGCGUGAUAAAACUUGGGAGAAAAUGAUCGACAUUAAUGUGAACUCUACGGUACAUGGCUCUUUGCUGGGAAUCAAGUACAUGGGCAAGAACAAUGGUAAUUGCGGUGGAACCAUUGUUAAUACCGCCUCUAUUCUCGGGCUUUCCGGUAUGGCCGGAUGUCCUUGUUACACCGGUACCAAGCAUUUCGUAAUCGGCUUUAGCAGAUCGAUAGGAACCAAGUUUUGGUAUAAUUUAACUGGAAUAAGAUUCUUGACAAUAUGUCCAGGAGUUACUAUGACCCCUAUGAUCGAUGACGCAGAAGGAUGGGUUUUUGAUGGUUUUCCCGGACUCGGAAAACUUGUGACGCAGAAUUUAGGAAGUGAGAAGGAACAGUCUGUUGAAGAUUUAGCGGAGGGACUGGUCACUAUGCUUAACGAGGGUGAAAAUGGGAGUAUAUGGGUGUGUAGGAGAAAGGAUCCAAUCUUCGAAGUUACAAUACCAAGAAUAUCGGAGAUGAAAAAGGAUAAAGGUGAUGGGUGUGGGUCUAGGAGGUCUACUUGCUGACUGUAAAGAGUGUCAAUAUGUUCUUAGUAUUGUGUAUAAGGUAGUUUUUUAUUAUUAAAAUAAGUAGGAAGCAAUAAACGUUUUUCCUUAAGUAAAA